CGCAAGUUACCGCCAAGCCCUCACUCGAACAACCGCCCAUGCCGAUCUACGAGUCGCACCACCAGCACACGGCACGUAAGCCUGCGUCUGCGGCCAAGCAAGCUACGAGCGCAGCGCCGUCCACGCUGGAGGCUCUCGACCUCGUUGAAGCCUUGCUGGCGCAGCUAGCGCAAGUGGUCACGACCGCGAAGGAAGCCGUGCACGCCGAGAACGCUUCCCGAGCAGCCGAGCCAUCGCUUUGUCUGUCCCGCGACACAAAAUCCGGCGCGCCCUGCAAGAACCAGCGGUCCAAGUGCCCGUACCGUCUCUGUGGCCGCCACACGGAUGGCCCGGCGGCAACCAGCCGGACGAGCUCUCCCUCGUGUAAGGACGAAGAAACGUCGAUUCCUGCGGCACCUCGCCGAUCGACCUCGACGCACCGCACGGAGCCCCAUGCUGCCUCGUACGCACGCGCCUAUUCGAGUUCUUCGAGGGACGAGCCAAAUCUGCCGCGCUCGUCUGCGGCACCAGAACGCGGGCGCCCGACUGCUACCAAGGCGGCACCAAAGACGCAGUGCGGUGCCACCACCGCUCGUGGCAAGCCCUGUCGCAACUUUCGUGGCUCGUGCCCGUACCACAAUUAAGCUUGGUUGAGCGCACGACUGUAUCCUCCGCAAGGAGUCCGAAUGAAUCCUGUGCCCUUUCCA